AUGCCGCCUGAGGAGUUCCAGAAAGUGUGUAGAGAAAGGGUUGAAAAGAUCUAUCCAAUAAAGAACAAAAAUGAACACAUGUGCCAGGCUCUCAUCAUAUGCAAAAUAGUGCUUGAACACCUUUCUGCAAGGAAUGGGUAUGAACAUGACAUCACAGGGAUGAAGAAGUUGCUUGAGGGCCUCAACUACACUGUGGCUAUGAGAGACAACCUUACAGAAAGGCAUAAGUCUUCAGACAGCACAUUUUUAGAACUUAUGUCUCAUGGCAUUCUACAAGAAAUAUGUGAAACUAUGCAUGGUGACAAAAACCCCAAUGUGCUUCAAUAUGACACCAUCUUCAGCAUAUUCAACAAUCACAUUUUCCCUGGUCAAAGAGACAAACCCAAAGUCAUCACUGUAAAAACCUGCAGAGGUGGUGAGUUAUCAGACAGAAAAUCGCAUAGUUCUGAAGGGAUUUUCAGAGGAAUAGCAUACGUGAUGUACAUCAGUGAAAAACAACCAUAG